AUGAGUGACCGCACACAACGCCAGCCGUCGUGGCUGCGGCAAACCGCGCACAAUGUGCCGUGGCUUUUGUUAGCGGCACAAUCCACAGCAUUUGUGUUGCUAUCCCAUUAUUCUCGAGUCAUGACCCCAGCCGGUGGGAAGCGUUACCUCACCUCUACUGCCGUCUUCUUGAAUGAAGUGGUCAAACUGGCGAUUUCCCUCACAAUGGCCCUCUAUGACGUAUCCAAGACCGCACCUCCCUCCAUGCCUGCCACCUCCCUCUUCUUCUCCCUUACCAGCACCGUUUUCUCCGGUGACAGCUGGAAGCUGGCCAUCCCCGCCGCUCUCGGUGUCCUCUCCAACACUCUCCAAUACAUUGCGCUUUCCAACAUGCGGGCAGCGACGUUCCAGGUCACAUUCCAGGUGCAGUUCUUGACAACCGCGAUCUUUGGACUAGUCGUUCUUCGACGGAAUAUUCCCGCUCGCAAGCUGGGUCUGCUGCUUCUGUUAGUGGUGGGUGUGGCUUUGGUUCAAAUGCCUGAUGCCAAUUCAGAGCAGAUGUCCAUUCACGACGAGGCUGCUUCGCUUCACUUUCCCCGGUCCCUGGAGGAGUGGAAGUCCGCCAAAGGCACCGCAGGAAAGAUGCACAAGCGCUCCGCUACAUACGAAGGUAUUGAAGAGGAUAUUCAGACCGCCGAUCCCCAUUUCGAUGCGACGAUUGGCCUGCUCGCGAUCAUUGGUGCUGCUGUGGCCUCAGGCUUCAGCGGUGUCUUUUUCGAAAAAGUCCUUCGCGAUAGCUCCAACAACACUUCGAUGUGGGUGCGCAAUGUGCAGUUGGCCAUCUACUCUGUCUUCCCCGCUAUCUUCAUUGGUGUCGGUUUCCGAGACGGCGAGAGUGUUUCCAAUGAUGGUUUCUUUCAGGGCUAUAAUUGGGCAGUGUGGUCAACUAUCGCUCUUCAGGCCCUGGGCGGCAUUUUAACCACCUUCUCGCUCCGUCAUACGCAGAGAGAUCCCAGCUGCGUGGCGACUACCACAACCACCAUCUUGAGCAUCAUUGGAAGCGUCUGGCUCUUCGAAUUCGAUCUCACACCCACUUUUCUUCUUGGCUCCGCUCUAGUCCUGGUCGCCACUCAUUACUAUGGCAACCCCAGCUUCAACCCUGCUGCCACUAAGAUGGGCGUUGCUCGCCCACCUCCAAUCCGCGUAGAUAACUACGAAAAGGGUGGCAGUUUCGACGAUGGCUCUCCCGUCUCUAACUCUCCCAACGACUUCUCCAUCAAGCUACCUACUACCCCCUUCUUGUCCGAUGGCAUGUCCUCGUCACGACCCACCUCCCCAAACCCGGGACACGCUCGGGUAAGCUCCAGUCGGAAUGUCAGUGCAAGCAACUACUUUGAGAAAGAGUAG